CAUCUUCCUCUUUCAACAUCUGUACAAAGCUGAUAAAUUUGCUGUUAUUAACCUCUGUUUAUUCCAUUCUAUUAGGAUGAGCAAAACCCACAUUUAAUGUUCAAUUUAAUUCUCUUAUUUGCUACUUUAAGUUGAGAUGCUUUUCUCUUGAUAUGAUUCUUGUGUAUUUAUAUAUCUACCUACACAAAUAAAUAUACACAAAAGUGAUUCUAUCAAAAUGGACAGUGACAAACCAAAGUUUGAGUUGAAGAAAUUAUCAGAAGAAAGUUUAACUCGUCAACCAGAAGAAGUAUUCGAUAUAAUAUGCAAGCUUGGGGAAGGUUCAUAUGGCAGUGUCUACAAGGCACUGCACAAAGAAUCGGGCCAAGUCCUGGCGAUAAAACAAGUACCGGUAGAUACAGAUCUACAAGAAAUAAUCAAAGAAAUUUCUAUAAUGCAACAGUGUGAUAGCCCCUAUGUUGUUAAAUAUUACGGAAGUUAUUUCAAAAAUACUGAUCUAUGGAUUGUAAUGGAGUAUUGUGGGGCAGGCUCAGUAUCUGAUAUCAUGCGAUUAAGAAAGAAAACACUAACAGAGGAUGAGAUAGCCACAAUUUUAUCAGACACUUUGAAAGGUCUGGAAUAUCUGCAUCUCCGCAGAAAAAUACACCGGGACAUAAAAGCAGGCAAUAUACUUCUAAAUUCAGAGGGCCAUGCAAAACUUGCAGAUUUUGGUGUAGCUGGACAGCUCACAGAUACUAUGGCUAAAAGGAACACUGUUAUAGGUACACCAUUCUGGAUGGCUCCAGAAGUUAUUCAAGAAAUUGGCUAUGACUGUGUGGCAGACAUCUGGAGUCUAGGUAUAACUGCCUUAGAAAUGGCAGAGGGUAAACCCCCAUAUGGGGACAUUCACCCAAUGAGAGCCAUCUUUAUGAUACCUACAAAACCACCACCCUCAUUCAGGGAACCUGAUAAGUGGAGUGCAGAAUUCAUAGAUUUUGUUAGUGUGUGCCUUGUUAAAAACCCAGAAAAAAGAGCUAAUGCAACAGACCUCCUGAAUCAUGUAUUCAUAGGUAAUGCCAAAAACCCCAGUAUUUUGAACCAGAUGAUCCAAGAAGCCCACGAAAUCAGGGAAACGCAAAAUUAUAGAAACAUCUCAACAUCUGCCAACAUAGCCGGUAUAAAGCACAAUAUCACAGAAGAAUCUGAUGAGGAAGUAGCUUUAGGAAACCAGACGAUGGUGCAAUGUACAGACGAUGGUACCCUAGUACCAGGAAAGGGUGGUACUCUUCCAGACUCCCAAAGUGGUACUUUAGUCGAGUUGGAAUCUGAACUAGGAACAAUGGUCAUCAAUAGUGACGUAGAUGAACAAACAAUGAAGAGGCAUGCUACUGGUUCAGCACAGGGAGCUGCAAACUACAGACCAUUAUUUCUAGCUCAGUUUGACAAAAAGGACGAAAUGAAGGGUAAUGGUGUUGUAGGUCCUACGACUCUAGAUGGUCCUGAAAUGAGUGCUGAAGAACAGCAAAGAUUUCAGAGCCAUUUUCAUCUGCAGUUAAAUCAAGCAAACCCAGCCCCUCCACAUCAGCCUCAUCAAGACUACAAGCCUCAAUUCCACGGGCCUUUUGCUGAUGGUGAUUUUGAAUUCCUGAAAUAUCUUAGUUAUGAGGAACUACAACAGAGAAUGGUCACUCUAGAUUCAGACAUGGAGAGAGAAAUAGAUGAACUGAGAAGGCGUUAUCUCAUCAAGAGACAGCCAAUUCUGGAUGCAAUGGAUACAAAGAGAAAGCGGCAACAAAAUUUUUGAAACUAGAUAGUGUUUCAACUUCUGCUCACAAUGAAUCACUUGCCAUUCAGGUUUGCUCGAAUACAGGGUAGUGGAAAAACUUUCUAAUCGGAAACGAGUGUUAUCAGAGUAAUUUCAUUGAUGGAUCAAAAGAAUUUUUUACGAAGGAAUUAGGGAAGUUGAAACAAUGUAUCAAAUAUUUUUGGAGCAAGAGGUGUAUAGAUUGUAUAGUGUUCCUAAUCUGUACUUAAUGAAUGAGAACUAAUUACAUUUUCUAUAUUAUGAUUUGAUAUAGAUGAUAAGAGAUGAAUUGAUCGUUAAGGAAUCGCUUGAACAGAUACUGACAAUACGAUUUAGUGGAUGAUUCAUUUUAUUGAGUUUAUCAUUCAUCACGGUUAUUCUUUCUCCUCGCCGAAUGAAAAUUAUUCGUACUUCAUGCAAUGGAGGGCAAACCAAAAAGAAAUAGAAAGUCUCAUCAUAGGUUCUUUGAAAACUUGAAAUAUUUGUAUCAAAUUAUCUUGUAUCAAAAUGAUCUGGUUAAAAUGUGUCUCUGCCAUAUAAUCCCUAAUUUUUUCCUGUUGUGAAUAAUUUGAGUGAAUGGUAAUGUGUAAAUGCUCAAAAUAAAUAGUAAUUAUUCUGGAGAAAGCAUCCUAGUAACAUAAUUUUACGCACUAGUUAUAUAUGCCAAAGUUAUUUCAUUUGUCCUCGAGAUAAGACUUUUUAUAUUAAAUUGUUUUCCUAUUACAGUGUCAACAUUUGAAUAUAGUUAUAAGGGAACAUGACAAAUUUCUUUUUCAGAUUCAAGCUUAAGAUCAAUAUGCAAAAAUUAUGACAAAAGUGAGUACUCUAUAAGACAAUAGAUUUAAAAGACUACGUAUUAAUCAUUAUGCUUAAAUUUUCUGGAGAAUUGAGCCAAAAAGAAUGAGAGUAUUUCCUUUUUUUAUUUCAAACCGUAAAAGAUACUUCAAAACAGUUGGACAGAAGACAUAUAAUCAUAUUAGCAAUAAUUAAAUAUUAUUUUCAAUGUUCAUAUUUAUAGUUUUUGUUCUUAACGAAAAUGUGUUCAGUAAUAUGGGAAAGUAACAUGAAUAGUGAUGAGGAAUGAUGGUAUGUGUUCCAGACUGCCAAAUAUUUGAAUGUCUUACUACACAUGAUAUUUAUCAAUAUGAAAAAAUGUCUGAUAUUUAUUUUAAUUUUUUAUGAGGAUGGUGAAAUUUUACUUAAGUUAUUUCAUCAAUGAAUUAAGUCAUAUUCGAACGUUAAAUUUCCUUGAGAAACAUAUCAAAACAAGAAAUUAAAAAAAAAAUAUUCGCGUAAAUAAAUGUGUCAUCCCUUAGUUUAUCGAUAAACAAACCUUUUUGGGCUUGAAAAAUCGAUUUUUGUGAGGCCAGAUACAAGAUGUACAAAGAUUAAUUGAAGAAUACUUUCAUUACCCUUCGCUUUUAAUUUACUUGUGUGUCUGUGUGAGAGGCCAGAUCGCUUGCAGGGGCCUUUCAUAAAAAAAAUGUAAUGAUUAAUGGAGAGGUUCAAUUAAAUUCUCAUUUUCUGCAGAUCUGAAGACGGACUGAAAUCAUUUGCUUCGUCGAACUCAUGUCAUUCGAUUUUUUUAUGUAUGUAUUUGAAUUUGAACAUUUUUAUUAUGUAUAUUGUUUUUGAAACUAAAAUGUUACUCGUGUUCUAUUAUAUAUGGUGAUUUAAUAAUUUAUAUUGAACUGGAAUUAACAAGUACGUAAGUACGCUUGCUGUGCCUUUUGUAGUGUAGUAUAGACCUAAGUAGGAUUGUAAUCAGAUAUUUUGAGAGUCCCAAAUAUAUUCAUAAUUAAUUUUA